AUGAGCAAGUCAAGCGAGCAGCAAGGCUCGCAGCGCGGGACCGAACACAAGGGCAUCGCUUUCAAUGCCGCAGCUGAUGAGCUCUAUGAAAAUCCUAGCGACAAGUAUGAUGGCUAUGCACGCGAACUCGACGUUUCUGGCGCAUCGCCCGAGCCUGAAGAUGAGUCUUCUCGCAGGCUAGUGGCCAACUACACAGCGCCGAAAGAACUGCUUGACGAAUUUGCCGGCGAAGACGACGAUGGCUUGCAGCUCGUGACGGAUAAAAAUGUGUCUCGCCAAAUAGCAGCGCGAGAAUCAGACUAUCAGCGGCGUCGCUUUGAUCGGGCCCUAUCACCGCAAGAUGGCAAAACCAUUGCUGAAGUCAUGCAACAGCGUGAGCUCGAACGUGAAGAGGCGCGCGUGCAGCGAGAAAUCGAGAAACGGCAGCAGGAAGGAACAACAGAUGGUGGCAAGACUCCACCACGAGACGACGCUGGUGACAAGACGCCGCCGCGUACAAGGAAACGCCGAUGGGAUGUUGCUGAGCCGACUGUAGAAGAGACGCCUGUGGCGAGCUCCGGAACGCCAACGAAGAAGUCUCGCUGGGACCAACCAGCAGAAGUGGAAGCGCCUCGCAAAUCACGCUGGGAUCAAACACCUGCCCCGGUUGCUGAUGCGGCUGUUGAGAAAGUAGACGUGCCUCGUGGUGGUCUCGGCAUGGACUUGCAAGGGCGGCCGCUGCCAUACACCGAUGAAGAGCUUGACAUUAUUCUCCCAAAGGCCGGUUACAAGAUUCUAGAGCCACCAGCAGGUUAUGAACCACUACGAGCUGCUGCCAAAAAACUCACCUCUGCACCAGAAGUCAGUACAGGCUUUACCAUGCAAGAGCCAGAUUCGAUGCAAGCCAAAAUGAUGAGUGAGCAACUACCAACCGACAUUCCCGGCGUUGGCGACCUUCAAUUCUUCAAGCAAGAAGACAUGAAGUACUUUGGCGCACUCAUGGACACAACAGAUGAGAAUUUGCUCACGGUGGCCGAGCUCAAGGAACGCAAAAUCAUGCGUCUCAUUCUCAAAGUCAAGAAUGGUGCACCGCCAACCCGCAAGUCUGCACUGCGUCAAUUGACGGACAAUGCGCGAGCUUUUGGGGCAGAUGCUCUUUUCAAGCAAAUUCUGCCAAUUCUCAUGGAGCGCACAUUAGAAGAUCAGGAACGCCACUUGCUCGUCAAGAUUAUCGAUCGCAUCCUUUACAAGCUUGAUGAUCUGGUUCGUCCAUGGGUCCAUCGCAUUCUCGUUGUGAUUGAGCCCUUGCUGAUCGAUGAAGACUUUUACGCUCGUGUCGAAGGCAGGGAAAUCAUUUCAAAUCUGUCGAAAGCUGCAGGCCUAGCGCACAUGAUUGCAACCAUGCGACCCGAUAUUGAUCACGUUGACGAGUAUGUGCGCAAUACGACUGCUCGCGCGUUUGCAGUCGUUGCAAGUGCCUUGGGCAUUCCUGCCAUUUUGCCAUUUCUCAAGGCCGUGUGCAAGUCCAAAAAGAGCUGGCAAGCGCGACACACGGGUGUCAAGAUUAUUCAGCAAAUCGCCAUCCUCAUGGGAUGUGCCGUUUUACCGCACCUCAAGCAGCUGGUUGACUGUAUUGGUCUGGGCUUGACGGAUGAACAGCAAAAAGUGCGCACCAUGACGGCACUGGCGAUUGCUGCCCUUGCAGAAGCCGCAACGCCAUACGGUAUCGAGUCGUUUGAUAGUGUCCUCAAGCCGUUGUGGGUAGGCAUUCGCAAACACCGUGGCAAAGGUCUUGCUGCAUUCUUGAAAGCAACAGGCUACAUCAUCCCCCUCAUGGACCCCGAAUGGGCCGACCACUUCACCAAAGAAGUCAUGACUGUGUUGACGCGUGAAUUCACCAGCCCAGAUGAGGAAAUGAAGAAGAUUGUGCUAAAGGUGGUCAGUCAGUGUGCAGCCACCGACGGCGUGACUGCGGGCUUCCUGCAAAGUCAGGUCAUGCCAGACUUUUUCCGCAACUUUUGGAUACGUCGCAUGGCUUUGGAUCGACGCAACUACCGGCAAGUCGUGGAGACGACGGUUGAAUUGGCUCAAAAGGUGGGUGUCGUUGAAAUUGUCGAUCGUGUCGUGGAUACGCUCAAGGAUGAGUCUGAGCCCUACCGUCGCAUGGGCGUCGAGACAAUUGACAAGGUGAUUGCUGCGGGCGGUGCUGCCGAGCUGACUGAUCGCGUCGAGGAGCGUCUUGUCGAUGGCAUCUUAUUUGCGUUUCAAGAGCAGACUGUGGAAGAUCCCAUCAUGCUCAACGGCUUUGGCACUGUCGUCAAUGCCCUCGGUCUGCGGUGCAAGCCCUACCUCCCACAAAUUGUUUCUACCAUUCUCUGGCGUCUCAACAACAAGUCUGCCAAUGUUCGUCAGCAGUCGGCAGAUCUCAUUUCACGCGUUGCAGUGGUGAUGAAGACGUGUGGUGAAGAGCAGCUCAUGGGCAAGCUGGGCGUCGUGCUGUACGAGUACCUGGGCGAAGAGUACCCUGAAGUGCUUGGCUCUAUUCUCGGUGCGCUGAAAAGCAUUGUCAAUGUUGUUGGCAUGUCGAGCAUGACACCGCCCAUCAAGGAUUUGUUGCCCCGCCUGACACCCAUUCUGCGUAACAGGCAUGAGAAGGUGCAAGAGAAUUCCAUUGACUUGGUUGGGCGUAUCGCUGAUCGUGGUUCUGAAUUUGUGUCUGCUCGCGAGUGGAUGCGCAUCUGCUUUGAGCUCCUCGAUAUGCUCAAGGCACACAAGAAGGGGAUUCGACGUGCUGCAGUCAAUACGUUUGGUUAUAUUGCCAAGGCCAUUGGUCCCUCGGAUGUGCUUGCGACAUUGCUCAAUAAUCUGCGUGUGCAGGAACGUCAGAAUCGAGUGUGUACGACGGUUGCGAUUGCCAUUGUUGCUGAAACGUGUGCACCUUUCACUGUUGUUCCUGCGCUCAUGGCCGAGUAUCGUGUGCCUGAGCUGACUGUGCGUACGGGCGUGCUCAAGUCGCUGGCGUUUAUGUUUGAGUAUAUUGGCGAUAUGGCGCGCGACUAUGUCUAUGCGGUGGGUCCAUUGCUCGAGGAUGCCCUCACCGAUCGCGAUCAUGUGCAUCGCCAAACAGCGGCAACAGCCAUCAAGCAUCUGUCACUGGGUGUGGUGGGUCUUGGCUGCGAAGACUUGAUGGUGCAUCUCCUCAACCUGGUGUGGCCCAAUAUCUUUGAGACGUCGCCGCAUGUUAUCAACGCCAUGACGGAUGCUGUGAGUGGUAUUCGCACAGCCCUGGGUCCUGGUCUUGUGUCCAAUUACUUACUGGCGGGUCUCUUCCAUCCAGCACGAAAGGUGCGCAAUAUCUACACCAAGCUCUAUAAUGACAUGUAUGUGCAGCAGGCUGCUGCCAUGACGCCGUACUAUCCGCAAAUUGAGGCGGAUAAGCGGAAUGACUGGUAUAGACACACUGCGCAAGUAUGGAUAUAG